AUGUCCAGGCAAGCUCAACGCACAUUGCUGCUAUUGUGCUUACAUCCCAACUACAACCAAGUUCGUCGACACGCUCUUGCCCAUCUAACUCAUCUCUUAUCUCCGCCGAAGAGUGACUCCACCUCACAUCCUGAUGACGUUAGCCGUGUCCAUUCAAUUUCUAUCUCGCUUUUGACCUCCCUGACGAGCUGUCUGGCUGCCACCUUAUCCUCCAGGCGUUUGACGCUUUCGACAACUUUACCGGUUGAUGCAACGGUUACCACUCGCAUUUGGCAGGUUUAUACUAGCCCUAUCACUAAUGUUAACUCGGUUUUGGAUCACUUUUGUUCCGAAUCUUGGCAACCUGGAAUCUCGGCUCAUCUUGCUGUGCUAAUCAAACUGAUUGUUUACGUGCCUUCAGGCCUUAACCGACGCUUCCCUAGUGAUGGGCCUUCUCAUAUAGGCCAUACUCGAGGACGUACAGUUUCAGAUGCUGGACCUGUGACCGGUGACGCGCUAGUAUGCAAGAAACUCUCCCAGAAAAAUCGGUGUCACCAACCAGACUUGCCUACUUUGGAGGAAAAAGCUCGGCGUUUGGAACUCCUUGUGAUGGCUACAUAUGCAUCUAGCUUUCCUAUUCUUGGUAUUUCAGUCAAAUAUGAGUCUCCUAUAUGA